AUGGAGCCCAACCUCACAGCCGGCGGGGCAGGCAACGCGUCCGGCCGGGCGGCGGGCUCGGGCGGCGGCGGCAGCGAGCUGCUCAUCACCUCCGCCUUCGGCACGGUGCUGUCCUGCAUGUGCGUGGCCGGGGUGGCGGGGAACCUGUACACCCUGGCGGUGAUGUGCCAGUCCGCGCGCUGCGCCGCCCCCAUGUACAGCUCCAUCAUCAGCCUGGCGCUGGCCGACCUGCUCUACCUCUCCACCAUCCCCUUCAUCGUCUGCACCUACCUGGCGCAGGACUGGUACUUCGGGGACCUGGGCUGCCGCGUCCUGCUCAGCCUGGACCUGCUCACCAUGCACGCCAGCAUCUUCACCCUCACCCUCAUGUGCGCCGAGCGCUACCUGGCCGUCACCCGGCCCCUGGACAGCCUCAAGCGCUCCCGGGGCUACCGCAAAGCCACGGCCGGGGCCGUGUGGUCUGUCUCCCUGCUGCUCACCCUGCCCAUGAUGCUGAUGGUCACGCUGACCGAGGCGGGCCAGGCCGGGGGCAAGGUGAAGCGGAUGUGCGCCCCGACGUGGAGCGCCGAUGCCUACAGGACCUACCUGACCGUGCUGUUCAGCACCAGCAUCAUGGCCCCGGGGGUGAUCAUCGGCUACCUGUACACGCGCCUGGCCAGGACCUACCUGGAGUCCCAGAGGAACCCGCCCCACAAGGAGGGCAAGAGGUCCCCCAGGCAGAAGGUGCUGAUCAUGGUCUUCAGCAUCGUGCUGGUCUUCUGGGCUUGCUUCCUGCCCUUCUGGGUCUGGCAGCUGGUGCGCCUCUACCACAGCUCCCUGCAUCUGACUUCGCAGACCCAAAAGUGCAUUAACUACCUGGUGACCUGCCUGACCUACAGCAACAGCUGCAUCAACCCCUUCCUCUACACCCUGCUCACCAAGAACUACCGGGAGUACCUGCGCAACAGGCACCGCAGCUUCUACCGCUUCACCUCCUCCUUCCGCAAGCGGAGCUCCAACCUGCAGUGCUCCUGGGGAAGGGCCACGUCCUCCAGCAACCAGUACGACUACGGCUUGGAGUCCCUGGGCAUGGCAGCGCUGAAGGACAAGUGA